AACUUGGAUGAAAUCAAAAUUUUUGUUUUCAAUUAUUUGAACAUAAUUACCAUUAGAAAUGCCUUGUGACGGAAAAAAUCCUAAUUGUGAUAGAAGACGAGAAUUAUUAGCGCAAUUAAAAUGUUUGAUUAGUUCUAUGGAAAGAAAAAAAGCAUGUGAAUGGGAUGAGCCACCUUGUCCUCCUCCUGUUAUUUGUUCUUCACCUUGUGCACCUAUUUCUGAUUGUAUUCCAGUUAAACAAUGUAAAAGUUUUGAUUUUCGAGCAGGUAUUAUAUAUAGAUGUGAAUGUAUCAAAAGGAAUGGUUUACAAGAUAGAUGUAUGGUGUGGGAUUGUAUGGGUAGACCAGAAUGUAUGACAAAGUUAUAUCCCGUUUGUAUGCCAGGGCGCAACGCGUUGUUGAAAUUAACAGAAUUGGGAGAUAUGGAAGUUGCACUAAGGAAAUUUUAUUGUGCUGAUCAAGCAAGGGAAGCUGCUUUGGCUGCAUAUUGUAGAUUGGUAUGCUGCAAUGGUGCAGAAAAAUCUUGCUGUACAAAUGUAAAGGCAAUAUGUUCAAGCAAUACGAAGUGUAAGCCUGUAUGUAUCGAACUACCACCCUGUCAACCCUGUCAACCAUGCAGUAUUGCUCCUUGUGUGCCACCUUGUACUUCUUUCAACAUUUGUGUACCAUGCUCACCUCCAUAUCCACCACCAUGUCCACCUCCAUGUUUACCACCAUGCCCGCCACCAUGCCCGCCAUGUCCGCCAUGUCCGCCAUGUCCGCCAUGUCCGCCAUGUCCGCCAUGUCCGCCAUGUCCGCCAUGUCCGCCAUGUCCGCCAUGUCCGCCAUGUCCGCCAUGUCCGCCAUGUCCGCCAUGUCCGCCAUGUCCGCCAUGUCCGCCAUGUCCGCCAUGUCCGCCAUGUCCGCCAUGUCCGCCAUGUCCGCCAUGUCCGCCAUGUCCGCCAUGUCCGCCAUGUCCGCCAUGUCCGCCAUGUCCGCCAUGUCCGCCAUGUCCGCCAUGUCCGCCAUGUCGCUCACCGCGUGUAUCACUAUGUUUACCGUCAUGUCCUCCACCAUGUCCAUCACCAUGUCCUCCGCCAUGUUCACCAUGCUGUUCCUCACCUUGUCCAUCAAUGUGUCUAUCAAUGUGUCCAUCACCAUGUCUACCGCUGUGUCCAUUACCAUGUUAACCAAAAUAUUUAUCAGUAUGUAUCCAUUAUUAUAUUCUAUUUCUUAUGUGCCAAAUAUACAUUUUCCUUUCAUCAUUCUGUUAUGAGUCUAUUUUACUAUGUAUAGUUUAUAUAUUUCUGUGGAAUAUCAGUUAUCACAAAUGUAUCUAAAAAUUUUAUACGUGUUCUCCAAUAUUUGCAUACCUUUUAUGCAUAU